GCGAAACAAAAUGGCGACCAUGUAAUGACACUGGGUGAGGGAGGUUUACUUUAGCAGGAGUUUACUGAGAUGUCCCGCUUGGCAGAUUACUUUGCCGUGGUAGGAUAUGACCAUGAAAAAGACCGAAGCGGGACAGGCAAAAGUGUUGGAAAAAUUAUACAAAAGUUCCCAGAGAAAGACUGGCCAGAUUGUUUGUUCACAGGGGGUAUAGACCUGUUCUGUCAGCCAACAGGAUGGAGGCUAUCUACAGACAGGCAGCAGCCCACAUUUACUGUGGCCGUGCUGACAGACAGCGACGCCGAUCGCCACUAUUGUGCCUGUCUCACAUUCCAUGAGACCGUCGCCAUGACACCAACCAAACCAGAUGACAGUGAUGGGGACGAACAUGAGACGAACCUGGUUCACCACUCGCUCAUGUUCGCUCCCAAAAGUCUCGUCCUCAUCUCGCGCCUCGACUACUUUGAAACUUUCAGACAUUGCCUAGGCAUUAUUUAUUCAGUGUAUAUAGAGAAUAUGCAAGUGCAGCUGGAAACCCUUGUAGGCAAUAUACUGGGCUGUGUGCAAGUCCCCCCUCCAGGUGGCCCUCAGGUGAGGUUCUCUAUAGGGGCGGGUGACCGUCAGGCUCUACAACCCCCUCUUAACUCCAGUAUCCCCUCCACCCACACGUCUGUGGCUCUGCUUUUCCAACAGUUAGGAAUCCACAAUGCCAUCAGCCUGUUCUGCGCAGCACUCACAGACCAUAAGAUCCUGUUUUACUCUCAAAGUUACACAAGGCUGACCGAUGCCUCUCAGGCCCUGCUAGCACUCAUGUACCCUCUCAAGUACAGCUAUGUGUAUAUCCCAAUAUUGCCAUACAGCCUGCUGGAGGUGCUGAGUACCCCAACCCCCUUCAUUGUAGGCAUUCAUUCCUCCCUGGCCGAGAAAUGCCAAGAUCUGCUGGACGUAAUUCAGGUGGACCUGGAUGGGGGUAGCAUACAGAUCCCUGAAUGUGUCUCAUUGGUGCAAAUUCCAGACUCCAUCCUCAAGAAGGCUGUUCAAGCCCUCAAUCAGAUAUUAAACCCUGACCUGCUGGCUGCUGACUUUGCUUUCCCCACCUCACCCAAGAAGACUUCCUCAGCUGUUGUCAGGGAUAAGGAAAUCCGUGCUAUUUUUCUGCGGUUGUUUGCCGAGCUGUUUCAGGGGUACCGCUCUUGUCUCACCAUCAUCAGAAUUCAUCCAGAACCAUUUAUCACAUUUCAUAAGGCGAACUUCUUGGGGCAUCGGGGUAUGGUGGAAGACGAUUUCACAUUACGAGUGUUAGACGGAAUGAGUUUUAACACUUUUGUCUCAGAACGUGGUCCACCCUAUCGGGUCUGUGAUAUAUUUGAUGAGGUGUACUCGACUAUGCAAGACAGUCUGAAAGAGGAGCAGACGUCAGAAGACAAAAUGGUGGAACAUGUCAAAGAGUUGGCCAAUCAGCUUUAUCAGCAUGAGUGUCCCAACCCUCAGCCAUAUGUACAGAAAGUCCCGCGACCAACAGAAGGCGCCUACUCGCGCAUUCAUCAACCUCCAUUCCCUAUCCUAGAUGCUGUCCAUGUACAACAGAUCAUAGAUGAUGGUAUAGCCAAGCACAACAUUAAGUCAAAAUUAAAGAAUGUCAAACCCCAUCAGCCAAGGAUUGUCCCAUCCGGUCCACCCAUUUCCUCAGUGACUGACAAGCUACGUGUGGUGGACAAUAACGCUCGUAGGAUGGAGGUGCUAAGGAACUGUGUUAACUGUAUAUUUGAAAACAAGAUCUCAGAUGCUAGAAAAAUUUUCCCGGCAGUGAUGCGAGCGCUGAAGCGGCGAGUUGCGAGACAAGCGCUCACCCAAGAGCUGGGUCACCAUGUACAGAGCAACAGAGCUAUGUUAGAACAUCAACAGUUUGACCUGGUUGUCAAACUGCUCAACUGUGCUCUCCAGAAUGACUCCAGUAUGGAUGAGAACGGUACUGCAGCUGCCAUCUUACCACUGGCCACAGCUUUUUGUAGGAAACUGUGCACCAAUGUGAUCCAGUUUGCCUACACGUGUAUCCAGGAACACCCUGUGUGGUCAAACCUCCAGUUCUGGGAGGCCACGUUUUACCAGGAUGUCCAGCAACAAAUCCGACAGCUUUACCUCCCCAAGUAUGAGGAGCAAAUGGGCGGAGACAGGAGUCGAGAAAGCUCACGAAGCUCCACCCCAAGAGAAAUUUAUAAACUUCGGAGUAGAAAUUUUAACAAUCAUAAUUUUCUGUCUCAACGAGCCCCAAAAGUGAACAUAAAGAGUAUGGAUCUGGGCUCGAGCUGGAGUCGGCCAUCUUCUAUAACAGGGUCAGAAGCUUACAGGAGAACCAACAGCUCCCCCUACAGGCCAAGGGAGAUAACUGCAUUGGAAAUAGCAGCUGAACAGUUACGUACAUGGCCAUCACUGGACAAGGAGAUGCAGGAGGAAAUGAUAAACAAUGAAGAAUCUACAGUAUUUUGUCAAGCCAUCCAUUACUCAAAUCGUAUGGUGUACCUUAGGGUUCCUCUGGAUGCCAGCAAACACUCAAAAACUGCAUUGGGAUAUGAUAUGGAGAGUAACAGUAACAGCAACAUCACUGCCAGCAUUGCAGAGAGUGACAGUGUGGAUGCAGAGAGCGGAUUUGAUGAGAUGGAAACUUCAGAAGUUGGCGCCUCUGUUAUCAAAUUUGUCACCCGAUUUGUGGACAAAGUUUGUAAUGAGAGCGGAGUGACGCCAGACCACCUGAAAACACUCCAUCAGAUGAUCCCAGGUGUGGUGGCAAUGCACAUUGAAACUUUAGAAGGUGUAUUCAAGGAAAGUAAACGUUUGCCUCCUAUACAAAAGCCUAAGAUCCUGACCCCCUGCCUUCUGUCUGGAGAGGAGAUCAUCAUGGAGGGGUUGAGAGCCUACCUGAUUCCUGACGGACGAGAGGAGGGCACAGGGGGUAACAUGGGAGGCCCCACCCUCUUGCCUGCAGAGGGCGCUAUCUUCCUCACCAACUACAGGAUCAUCUUUAAGGGCACGCCAUGUGACCCUUUGGCCUGUGAGCAGAUUGUGAUCCGAAGCUUCCCUGUGUCCACACUGACUAAGGAGAAGAGGAUUGGGGGACAGUACUUGUCCUACCUCAACCAGUGGCUACAGGAAGGUGUGCAGCUACGCUCCAAUAUCUUCCAGUUGAUAAAGGUGUUCUUUGAUGAGGAGGUAGCCUCAGACAAUGUGGAGAUGUUCAGGAAGCUGGUGAAUCGAGUACGGAACCCCCCCUCUGUGCUGACCACAUUUGCCUUCUCGGGCCAGAUGGUCACACAGCCAACACCACACCACAAACAGAAAGAGAAGAAUGCCAGUCUCAAACAAUUUGCAAAGAAAACCAUCAUCAAAACAGCCAGAAAGGCUGGGAUAAAGUCCAAGCAGUCAGCGAGGAAAGACAAAUAUGUACUACCCACACCCCUGAUGAGGAAAACGCUGUCCCCACGGAAUUCUGACAGCGAAUCAGAUCGUCCCAAGAGUGAAUUGUUUGAUGAUGAUCUCUCAAUCAUCGAUGAGGCCGAGUUCAGCUACACUCUAACUGCUGACCCUAAGAACCUGGAAAGACUGAUGGAGAGGCUAGGUACAAGGACUAUGAGGCUCGACUUGGGCUGCAUCCCCACCAACAGCUCGCGCUCACGCAGUGACCAGUUCAGGAUCACUGUGGUUAAUGCCAACUUUGCUGUGUCCAGAAGUAUAAACCCAGCCAACACUAUCACCGUUCCCGUCACAGAUGACAGUAUUAGGAAAUUCUCACGCUGUAACAGGCAGUGCAGAUUCCCAGUGAUAACGUGGCGCCAUCCCAGAACGAAAGCGUUGUUGUUACGAGCGAGUGGUUUCCACAGCCGAGGCCUGAUGGGAAUGAUCAAACACCAGACAGCCACAACACCUACAAGUGGAGAACAAACAUCGGGUUCAAGCAUUGAACAGGAAAAGUACUUCCGUAGUUUGGUAAACGUCACACCGUACAGUCAGCGGACAUAUUCCUCAUCAUACAGCGAUUCCUUGACCAGUCUUGACUCGCUGAUGAUGGCAGGAGCGUCUGACCCACUCAACAUACCCGAGACGCCAGACACCAUCCGCAGGAGCGCCUUCUCACGAGCCAUCAGCAAAGGCAAAUCUCGCACAGACAGCAGUGAGCUGGAGUUUGAAGUGGCAGCCACGCCCAACACUGCCCGUCGUAACAUGUUCCGCCGCGCUAUGGACAGCCUGCGAUCCAGUGGCGGCAAAGGCGGCUCAUUAACAAUGACACUUGUAUCGGAGCGGACUAGAAGGACUCGUCAUUCUCACUGGUGGCCAUAUCAAACUUUGGGUAGGAUAGGAAGUUUUAAGGACAAAUCACGUCUGUCCACAUCAAGUUUGGAGUCGAGCAGUAAACGCGUCUCCCAUCAGAAUGGCAGCGUUGACCCUAAGGGUGACUUUGUCAACAACUCAGUACAGGGACUUAAUAAAUUCUCCCUCUAUGUGUUGGGAGAGAAAACACAGAUGAAGGGUAUUAAGGUGGAGUCUUUCCCCAAAUGUGACUUCAUUCCGGUGGACUUUUAUGAUGUGCGACAUGUGAAGACCAGUUUCAAGAAGCUAAUGAGGGCGUGCGUGCCCAGCGCCCCUCUCCCCUCUGCUGAGGCAGGCUUCUACAAGGCAGUGGAUGAGUCAGAGUGGUUGCUUCAGAUCCAGAACAUCUUGCAGCUGGCUGGAGCAACAGUGGACCUGAUAGACGUUCAGGGCUCGUCUGUGAUGAUCUGUCUGGAGGAUGGAUGGGACAUCACUACACAGGUGGUGUCGGUUGCUGAGCUGCUAAUGGACCCAUUCUACCGGACGAUAGAGGGCUUCAAAGUGCUGAUAGAGAAGGAAUGGCUGGCGUUUGGUCACCGCUUCACUCACCGCAGUAAUCAGACUGCCGCUAACCAGGCCAGUGGCUUCGCUCCUAUCUUCCUACAGUUCCUGGAUGUAGUCCAUCAGAUUCACUCUCAGUUCCCUUGCUCAUUUGAGUUCAAUCAGUACUUCAUCAAGUUCAUGGCUUACCAUUAUGUGUCCAAUCGUUUCCGAACGUUCAUGUUGGACAACGAGUUCGAGCGGAUGGAAGCAGGCUGGCUAUUAGAGGAGAAGAAAGGGAAGUUGACAACGAGCGACGAGGAGGCGGGGUUUACACCCAAACACACGACCAGUCACGGCACGUCCCUGUGGGAGUAUGUAGACAAGCACCGGCGCAAGUCGCCCAUCUUCUUCAACUUCCACUACAGUACCCGUGACCAAGAAAUGGUGCUAAGGCCAUACUCUAAUAUCUCCAACCUGAAGAUUUGGGACUACUACUUGACGGAGGACUUGGCACAUGGCCCAGCGUAUGACAUAGAGCUGGCCUACAAGGAACUCCAGCUGGUGGAGGAACAGGAAGGGGCAGAUAGCCCCAGGAGGAAAAUUCUCAAUGGCUGCUACAACAACAUCAACGUGCAACAACCAUCAGUAUUCACAGAGCUCUUCACGAAAAUCAGUAAGUUAGAGAGUAACUUGGGGCACCUACCUAGGAAGUGGAAGACUGUGUUUGACAAACUGGAGUCCCCACACGAACCUUUGAACCGCCAGAUCUCUCUGAACACACAGCUGAUCCGUUCUCACGGACGCUCUAUCCACAAACGCUCCACGCUGGAAAUCCUGGUACGAGGCAAAAUGCUUGGCGAGGCAGCUCGUGUGUUCAACCAGUCCCAUCGUUUUGAGGUGUUCACCUUCACUACGCCGGCUUACUGUGAUUACUGCUCCAAUGUGCUCUGGGGACUAGUCAAGACAGUUUCACCUGUAGGGAUGCAGUGUGCUGACUGUGGUUACAACUGUCAUGACAAGUGCGUCAAUUAUGUCCCCAAGAACUGCACAAAGCUCAAGGUGCUGCCCCCUGCAAGCAGUACAGCUAACCUCUCCCGUAGCGGCCUGCCAGACACAGGAUCUAGUCCCACAGAUGGUAGCAUGGGUACAGGGGGACAGAGCUACGACCAGUUCUCCUCAAACGUGGGCGAGAACCGCACCCACGAGGGCUAUCUCUACAAGCGAGGUGCCUUGCUUAAGGGCUGGAAACAGCGCUGGUUUGUUCUGGAUGCCAUGAAACAUCAGCUGAGGUACUAUGAUGCUAUGGAAGACUCUAACUGUAAGGGCUACAUCGACCUAGCCGAGGUGGUGUCAGUCCAGGCCAUCAAAAACGUCCAGUCUGCUCCCAAAAAGGCAGAUGAGAAUGCUUUUUUCGAGAUGAGAACGAUGAAGAGAGUGUACCACUUCCUUGCUACCGAGGCCAAAACUGCUGUGGAAUGGAUAGACAAGAUACAGAGCUGUAUACAAUGAUCACCAAUAGCUGCUUAGCUUAAUCCUACAUUUCCAGUAUGUUAGGUCUACUAGCUCAACAGAAUAGACAGUCAGCGAGCGGUGCAACUGGACCUGUACAUUGAUUGAUCUGUCAUGAUUCUACAAGCUCACACAGUGGCUGUGGUGAACGCGGCAUGGAAUAAUCACUCAGAACUGUUCAAGCUCACACAGUAGCUGUGGUGAACGCGGCAUGGAAUAAUCACUCAGAACUGUUAAAGCUCACGCAGUGGCUGUGGUGAACGCGGCAUGGAAUAAUCACUCAGAACUGUUCAAGCUCACGCAGUGGCUGUGGUGAACGUGGCAUGGAAUAAUCACUCAGAACUGUUCAAGCUCACGCAGUGGCUGUGGUGAACGCUGCAUGGAAUAAUCACUCAGAACUGUUCAAGCUCACGCAGUGGCUGUGGUGAACGCGGCAUGGAAUAAUCACUCAGAACUGUUGCACCGAAGGGUCACUCAAGACUGCCCUAGCUCACACAGUAGCUGUGAUGGUCACUCUGCUAACACAGUAGCUGUGGUAAACACAGCACGGAUUGGUCACCCAAGGCUGCCCAAGCUCAUACAGUAGCUGUGGUAAAUACGGUAUUGAAUGAUCUGUCAUGAUAGUUCAAGCUCACACAGUAAAUUGUAGCUGUAGUGAAUGCAACACAGAAUGAUCAGUGUGAUUGUUCAAGCCAGAAAAGGCUUCACAUUAUAUGUUUAGUUCACAUUAUAUGCUUAGUAUUCAAGGAACAUUGCAGUUGUUCCAGGGAUUUUGCAAGUGUUCAUGAAACCACUUGCAUAUGCAUGUACAUGUUUAUCCCAGGUCUGGUUGUAUUGGACCAUUGCCAAGUUCAGUUUAGAAUGCUUGACAGAAUGUUACUCCCAUUGUAUUGUCAGCCUCUAUAACCAAUGCGUGAGUUGCAGCUUGUUCACAGAACUUUAUGAGAUGUUCACAGAACUGAGAUGGGUGACAGAAAACAUGUUUUAGUUGCUGUGAAAUUCCAAACUGAUCAGCGAGCUUAUAAUGUGUUUAAAGAACUGAGAGAGUGUCCAGGACCAUGUUAUGACAUACAUUUUUGCUCCAAGCGUCUUGAACUUCCAGAGUUGUAAUGAUGUUCAGUGAACUAAAUACAGUGGCCAAGGCCUGGUCAGGGAAUGGGAUGUUCAAAUUAUACUGAACUGGAGUGUUUCAGGAUCAGGAGAUGAAUUUGAAUACAGCUACUGUUCAUUGCCAUGGGUGUUCAGAGCUUUGAGUUGCAUAAACAUGCUAUGUCACAGUUGACAUGUUAUUUGUUCUGUUUCGUGGUGAAAAAAAGACUGGUAAGUGGAGACAUUUAAAGAUGGCCUGAACUGUCGGCAUCUCAUGGUUUUGGGCCGACCUUUCAGUCAAAGCCAACCUUGUGGUGGGUAAGUGGAGACAUUUAAAGAAGGCCUGAACUGUCAGUGUCUCGUGGUUUUGGGCCGACCUUUCAGUCCAAGCCAACCUUGUGGUCGGUAAGUGGAGACAUUUAAAGAUGGCCUGAACUGUCAGCAUCUCGUGGUUUUGGGCUGACCUUUCAGUCCAAGCCAACCUUGUGGUGAUUCACAGAGUGCAGCUUUACCUAUGCCUAACACCCAAACCAAGUGACUACCAAUGCUUUCUAUAAAGGUCUCCAGUUAUGAUAUUUUAGUGUGUGUGUGUCAGUAGAAUUAAAUCUCCACAGAGUGUAUGUACUUGCAGAUGAGUGUGUGUAUAGUGUCCAUACAAGAUAUCAAUGAGCAGGAGUUUCAGUGAGAUGCAUUUUGGCUGUCACGUGUAGCAGGUGAAAAUGUGUAACACCUGCUUGUGUUUCCCUAACACCUGAACAAUAAACCUCAACACCUGUUUUAAUUCACUGAACACCUUAGUGAAAAUUUUGAACACCUGCUUUAAUUCCCUCAACACCUGGGUGAAAAACUUUCAAAACCUAGUUUAAUUCCCUUAGACGCUAAAGGCUAAUAAUCGAAGCUACCUCUGAUGACGUGCUCCAUGAUCUGUCAUGUAUUGAAGUAACACUGAUUUUUUCAGUUUUUUGAGGAAUAUUUUGAUUCAAGGAAUUUUUUCUUAUGAUUCUUCGCUUAAAGAGGUCUGCUGAAGAAGACAUAUGCAUAUAAACUCUGUUUCUGUCUGGAAGGAGGCAGUCAAGAAGAUGUACAUGUAUCACAAUUGAUGUCAGGUCAAGAUUUCAUCUACUAGGUGUGAUUACAUCGUAAACGCACAGUCGGGCACAUAUUGCAUAUACAGUCAAGUAUGAGUCAAAAUGAUUUCAUGUCAGACCAGUUUCCUUCAUAAUCUAAUUAACUGACUUUAAUUACAGGGAUAUGGAGUAUUCAGUGGGACCAAGGUCAUACUACAUAUACUAUCAUAGAAAGGUCAUGGCUGCCAUGUAUGGGCAAUGUUUGUAACUGAAUUAAUUAAACACGAUUGACUUGUGGUUGGAGUGAACUUGUGAAACCGAAUUGUGGUAGUUGUUAUACAGGCCAUCAGAGAAGCUGAAUAGUGUGGGGAAGGGAAGGAAUUAGCACAUAACAGAAACAGUAUUGCUAUUGGGAAUAUUCAGUCACUUGGUGUUGCUUAAGAAAGAAGAGUUUAUUAGAGAUACAUCUAGUGUCCAAAGGUCUGAAUGUUUUGUUUUUUGUGUUUUUUUUUUUUUUUUGGGGAUUGUACAAAAUUAAUGUGUAGAGUGUUUUUAAUUUUCUGCAUGGGUAUAUCUUCUGUACAUCACAUUUUUAUCCUCAGUGCAGAAAAUGUAAAUAUUGGUGUAAAAUUUUGGACACCAGGGAUGCUUUUGUAAAUUGUGUGUUUCUGGUUAACUUGACAGCUAUAUAUAUGAUGACAUAUACAGGCUGUUAACUACUUGUAUAUUAGUUGAUUUCAGAGUUAUAUUACAAAUCUCAUCUGUAUAAAUUAUGUUCCGAAUCACAUGUACAUCGCGGUCGCUAUCAACGAGAAAGUGCAAUAUAAAUGGUGACGUCAUUUUGUUCUCGGCGUAUCUUGAUGUGUAUUUUGAUUAUCUGUUUUAAGUUCUUUAAUAGUCAUAAUAAUACAUUACUGGUCAGCCUACCACUAAAUACAAACCUACUUUGUAUUUUGAAUUCAGAGUCUAUGCAGCUAUAGGGAGUUUGAUUUCAGGUAUAGAACUUCAUGUAAGCCUACACGUACAUGAGCAAUUGGUCCAAAUGGCCCUAUAUUGUUGCUUUUUUUUUUCUAAAGCUACAUGCUUUUCUGACAAGUCUCUUGGAACAUCUUUUAACACUUAUUUGUCAGUUGUAAACCAGUGAAUAAGUUACUAGACAUUUUAGCUUCCUUUUUUCAGUUUUUUGGCCAUGUCACCACUUAGCUUAGGAAUUUCCGGCAUUUACAUCAGAAACACUAAGCGCACACUGUUGAAAGGCAUCUGGAAACUGAAAGCCUUCAUGUUCAUAGAACAAUCUGGCAAUGUACCACUGCUGUGUUCUUGUUCUCAGUUUUAUAUUGAGGAUUGUUGCUCUCCCAUUACAAGUGCAUUUUUACUUUAAUGCAUGUAGAAAUAUGUACAUACAUUGCAAAAAUUUGUUUUGGCAGAGAUUGUGAAUUUUUGUGCGAAGAUUUUACUCCUUUGUCCCCAUGACAAAAUCCUCAUCAGCUUUUUAUCAUUUUUGGUUUUAAAACAAAGCACAUGUUUUCGGGGUAUUUUGUUAUUUCACUGAAAGCUGAACAUUAACUUUGUAAAAGAAAAUUGCAAUUUUUUUAAUCUACUCUGAAGUCUUGUCUCUACCGUACAUGUACUUAUUGUACAUAAAUAUUGCUGACUGUUGCAAAACAAGAGAAGGGAAUUAGACAUUUAUUUUAAAUUAGACUGGGUAAAUUUUUUCUUUUGUUGUGGAUUUGCAUACAAUUGGAUUGCUCACAUUUCCUAAAAAGGCAGAAUCCUGUUGGAACUGUAUCUAGACACAUACACACACA